AUGGCACCUCGCAAGGAAAAGGGCGACAAAGUGGCUCGGACUGAUGAUGCCACUCUGAUUCUGGAUUACCUACUAUUAACGCUGACUCGCCGAUUGGUACGGCACAGUCGUCCCUACUCGGCGAUUGAUGUCUCUGCAAAUCUACACAACAAGAUCACGAAAACCCAAGCCGCAAAGGUACUAAAGGAAUUGCACCAAAAUGGCGAGAUCGCAGGUCGAGCUGCAGGGAAACAGACAGUCUAUCAUGCCCUCCAGGAAUCAUCGGAGAGCGCGAGCCCCGCCAUCAUCGCAGCUCUCAGUCAGCAGAUUGUGACACUUCAAGAAGAACUCACAACCAUCAAGGCAAACGAGAAAAAGGCCCGAGCUGCCUUGGCUGCCCUCGAAGCUAAACCCCGACUGUUCACUCUGCGAGAGGAAAUUCGCCAGCUACAGGAGGAACUAGACGCCGCCCAAGUACGUCUAGGCAAACUCUAUGGCGACCAUCAACUUCAAAUCCCCCCCGAGGCGCGUGCUCAGCUGGAACGCGACUGGAAGCAAUGGCAACGACAUACCACCGUCCGCCGUCGCAUCUGUCGCGAGUUGUGGGGGCGAUGCUCUGAAGUAUUGCCGGAGAAUACGACUGCGCCAGAGUUAUGGGACUCUCUGGGGCUUGAAGGGACGCUCCAAUGA